AUGCAUGCCUCGGUAGCCAGCGCUCCCAUUCGCAGCGUCAUGCUGUCGGGAGGUUCUCGCUUUUCCUGCUGCUUCACCCCGUUCCAUUUAACCGGAUCCUCAUCGGCGGCGGCACCUCAACAGGCCAUGAAGCGAAGCGUUAACCGUUUCUCGACCAAAUGUUCUGCACCAAACCAGAAGUCUCCCAUUAGCAGCUUUGCGCGCGCGAACCGAGUAUCAUUCAACAAGGAGACGAAACUCACAAACUCACAAGUCAUCAUCACAUCUCUCAGACGCAACUUCAGCAGCUCCGUAGGCCUUCGUGCGAAACAAUCAUCUAAUAUCAGCAAUACAGCUUUACUUGACUGGAACACAUUCUUCAAAUUGCGUGCCUCCCGCCGACGCUACUCACUCGUUUCCUCGAUUCUAGCGUCAAUCGCUACCACGGCCGUUGGUGUCCAGGUGCUCUCCACCCAGGACCUCGAUACACUCGGCGCACAAGUCAUGGGUCUAGAUCCUUUCAUUGUCCUGGGUCUUGCUACGGCUGCCUGCGGUGCGUUGGGCUGGCUCAUUGGUCCGGUUUUGGGGAAUACGGUUUGGGGUCUUGUGUAUAGACAGUAUCGGGGUGGUAUUGCUAUUAAAGAGAAAGAAUUCUUCAACCGCAUCAAACGCUUCCGUGUCGACCCCUCCGCUAACUCUAUCGCGAACCCCGUUCCGGACUACUAUGGCGAGAAGAUUGGCAGUGUGCAGGGCUACCGUCAAUGGUUGAAAGAUCAGCGGGCUUACAACAGGAAGAAGUCUAGACACAUUAUUUAA